CUACUGCCGCAUUGUCUCUCUCUCUCUCUUGCCGCCGGCGGGCUCGCCUCCCCCUCGCCGCCGCCUGCUGUCAGCCGCCGGCCCGGGGACGGAAGGAGAGGCGGUGAGUCCUCGUGGGCUGCCGCCGCCGCUGCCGGAUCACCGGCACCGGCACGCGGGCGACCCGAUCUGCGGCACGACACGUCGUUGGCCGCGGGAGUUUUGGUGAGCAGCUGGCACCAAUACGACGGGACCAAACAUCUCUUACAAUUUGGGGAUCUCGCGCGCUGCCCCGAUUUGCCUUCAAAAUUUGAAGAUUUCUCUGGCCUCACCUAACAAUUUGGACAAAAAAAAAAAGAGUGAUCACAUUAUCUCUAAUUCCAUAGUGCUGGUGUGGCAGUACCCUUUUGCAAACAAAUUCCUUUGCCGCAAUGUCAAAGCUUGCCAUUCUAGGCCGCAGCAGUGGCUUGCCAAGAUCAAAUGAGGGCAUGAGGCUCCUAUUCUCAGCAGUUAUUGGUGUUAUGCUAGGUUACUUGUUUGGGAUUUCAUUUCCUACUGUCAAUGUAACCAAGCUCCACUUCCCUUCCAGUAUUAUCUCAUAUAUUGAAGACAAAGACUCUGGUAUCACAACCCAAACAUUGUUGAAUCAUGCAUGGACAUCUGCAAAUAGUAAAAAGAGGAACAAUUCUGAGUCUAACUCUGACGAAAUUCCUAAGAUUUAUGUGCCAACAAACCCUAAAGGUGCUGAAGGCCUUGCACCUGGCAUUGUUGUGCCUGAAACAGACCUUUAUCUUCGAAGAUUGUGGGGUGAACCUAGUGAGGAUCUUACUAGCCAGCCAAGAUACCUUAUUACCUUCACAGUUGGAUACUCUCAAAAGGCAAAUAUUGAUGCAGCAGUCAAAAAGUUUUCAGAAAACUUCACAAUUAUGUUGUUCCACUAUGAUGGUCGGACUAAUGACUGGGAUGAAUUUGAGUGGUCAAAAAGGGCCAUUCAUGUGAGUGUCAGAAGGCAGACUAAAUGGUGGUAUGCCAAGAGAUUUUUACAUCCUGAUAUUGUUGCCCCGUAUGACUACAUAUUUAUCUGGGAUGAGGAUCUAAGUGUACAACAUUUCAAUGCAGAGGCGUACAUUAAGCUUGUUAGGAAGCAUGGGUUGGAGAUCUCUCAGCCUGGUUUGGAACCUGAUAAAGGUCUGACAUGGCAAAUGACCAAACGGCUAGGAGAUCAAGAAGUUCACAAAGUAACCGAAGAGAGGCCAGGCUGGUGCACUGAUCCACAUCUACCACCAUGUGCAGCAUUUGUUGAAAUUAUGGCAACUGUGUUCUCUAGGGAUGCAUGGCGCUGUGUAUGGCAUAUGAUUCAGAAUGACUUAGUCCAUGGAUGGGGCCUCGAUUUCGCUCUUAGAAGAUGUGUUGAGCCAGCUCACGAGAAAAUCGGAGUUGUUGAUUCUCAGUGGGUUAUUCAUCAGGUUAUUCCGUCACUGGGGAACCAGGGCACGGCUGAGAAUGGAAGAACACCAUGGGAAGGGGUGAGAGCUCGCUGUAGAAAAGAAUGGGGGAUGUUCCAAAAAAGGUUGGCUGAUGCUGAGAAGGCAUAUUACUUAGGAAAAGGGAUCACACCGCCAAAUUGAACAGCAGUUUAGAUGAAAAUACACGCACAUCAGGAGUAACAAGUCUUAGCAAGUUUUCCAUUUCGGAAAUCUGCCUCUUGCGUAUAGGAAUAGAGAUGUUCAUCAAAGCAUUGUCGCCAAAAUAAGAAGAGAAAGAAAGCAGCUGCCUUCUGCAAAUUUCAGGGCAAGUUUUGUACAUGAGAAUCGCCAGUUCUCGCCUUUUUUUCACUUGGUUUUAUUAUUAUUCUUUGGUAGUGAGAUUAGCUAUGUUGUUAGUACAGUAGCCGCUGUAACAGGGGAUUCUAUGCUCUGCUUCCUUGUUCAUACACAUUUUUUGUAUUAUUGGCCAGACGGCCAGACCUGAUGCAAAAUCUAUGCUACUGACAAUAAUACACAUUUUGUUAUAGUCAA